AGGACGAAUUGCUCUCCUCCCACCGGCGCGUGCGUAGUGCUGACAGACCGCUGGGUGGGAGGGGCGACGCGUGCGCAUGGCACCUUCCCGGACGCUCGGGCUUUUCAGUGCGCCUGUGCGCCGCGCCCGUUGGUGGCGGCGGCGCGUGCGCAGUGGUCUCGCCGGCUGAGCGGAGCGAGCGAGCAGCCGGGGCCGCCCCGCGUGUCCGUCAUGUACCAGCGGAGCCGGGCCGUGGCCGGGUUCCUGGGCCCCGCCGCCCGCUGGUGGGGGCCGCGCUGCCGCUGGGGCGGGGCCCGGUGGCGACCGGGCGAGUCCCCGCGCUGCUGCUACCGGGCGCGGCAGCAAGACCUGGCCUCCUGCUGGGAGAAGGCCCCCCAGGCACUGGGCCCACCCAUGGCCCUGAAGUUCCACCUCUCACUGGUAGAGCAGCAGGUGGAAGCUGCCAGGAUUUUCCUGUUGCCCCCGCCAGGGGCCAGCCUGGUGGGUGGUACCUUCCCGAAUUCAUCGGAGCAGAAGCUGAGCCUGCGUGAGCUGCUGCAGGGUCUGGAGCAGGGGUGCCCCCGCCAGCUCGCUGCCCUCUCCCCUCUGGAGGGCAUGGAGGCCUCUGUCACCACAGUGGAUGGGCAGCGGGAGGAUGACAUCACCGUGUGUGAGGGCACCAGCCUGGACAGCGCCUCCCUGGACUCUCUGUACAGCCUGUUUUAUGGCAAGCCCUGCUGGACGCACUUCCAGGCCACUGCCGGUACAGCCACCAGUGCCACCUCUGGCUCACCCGGGAACCACGACCCCAACAUGGAGAAGCACCUGGCUGUCAUGUACGAGAAGCUGCAGCAUGAGCUGCCGAAUUUCUUGCUGAAGAUACCUGACUAUGGGAUCUACUCCCAGGACGUGGAGUUUGUCAACGAGAUCCUGCACCUGAGGACUCGGGGCCGAGUCAUGUACCAGCUGGCGCUGACCCUGUGCCGCCUCGUGGCCUGGAACUACUUCGCCAACAUGCGGCUAGAGGUGCUGAAGCUGACUCAGCACCCUGAGAACUGUAGCAUCCAGGCCCGCUGGCGCAUCAUAGGGAUCCCCUUCCACGUCCUCUUGCUGCGCUUCUACAAGAGGGAAAAGAAAGAGCUGUACAGGACCUAUGAUGCCUAUUCCACUUUCUUCUUGGACUCCAGAGGGCUGAUCCGCUGUCACCGGAUAGACAAGCUGAUGCCGUCCCCGCCACCUGUGGUCAAGGUGAAGAAGCUGCUGGUGGCCACGCUGGUUGGCCUGGGCCUGUUGGAGCACAAACCCUCUCUGCAGCUGCUCUUAUCUGUCCUGGCUGGCAAACAGCAGGGGGCGCCAGUGGGCUACAGGGACAGCUGAGCCAGCCCCGGAUGUUGUGACUCUUGUGAGCUGAUGUCGCCUCAACGCACAAAGCCUGGCCCGCCGGCUCCGCUGCAUGGUCUGUGCCCUGCCCCCUCCCUGCCAAGCACUGUAAAGAACCACUUGUAACUUAACUGUACAUAAUAAAGCCCUGUGGAGAAA